AUGCGCAUUGAGAAGUGGAAAUCUAUUAAUGUCAAAUCCUAUAAUAGAAUUGAUGAGGAGCGUGAACGCAACCUGAUGCUAAUUGGAACUAUUCUAGAGGUUGGAACUGUUCUAGAGUUUGGAACUGUUCUAGAGGUUCGAACUUUUCUAGAGUUUGGAACUGUUCUAAAGGUUGUAACUGUUCUAGAAUUUGGAACUGUUCUAGAGGUUGGAACUGUUCUGGAAUUUGGAACUGUUCUAGAGGUUGGAACUGUUCUAGAAUUUGGAACUGUUCUAGAGUUUGAAACUGUGUUAGAGAUUGGAACUAUUCUAGAGGUUGGAACUGUUCUAGAUGAUAACGAUGGUGGUGGUGAUUAUGAGAAUGAUGUUGAUUAUGAUGGAAAUGGUGGUGUUGGUCAUGAUGAUGAUGAUGAUGAUGAUGGUGAAGGUUGUGUCCAUGAUUGUGGUGAUGAUGAUGGUAAUGGUGGUGAUGACGCCGACGAUGCUGAUGAUGAUUAUGAUGGGAAUAGUGAUGAUAAUGGUGAUAGUGAUGGUGAUUAUGACGGUGGUGGUGAUGAUGAUGAUGGUAAUGGUGAUGAUGAUGAUGAUGAUGACGGUUAUGGUGAUGAUGGUGAUAGUGACGAUCGUGAUAAUUGA